AGGCAGCUUCGAUCGCAAGUGUUGACCCCUUCUUGAAAGAAGCGCAUGUUCUGCAUCUAAAUGCCAUCGCCCACUCUCCCCAAGUCAAGGCUUUUCUCCGUUAUGGUAGAACAUGCCGUUUACCUCUGCCGUGUCGUAUGAUAAAACAAAAAAUCUGCAGGACCAAGUCAAAAUGCUUAUGCAGUAUCCAUCCUUCUGAAGAUCUUGCCUGCCCUAUCUAGAAAUCUUUUUGAUCUACCGCCGACCGAGAGUUGUUCUGUAAGAUAUACCGACUAUGGCGCAUGCAAACUAGUGCAUGGUUUAGUUCUUACUCGAAUCCAAAUUUUUUAUGUGUGUCAUCUUUGUAUUUAGUCGGUUAGCGCGUGAUCACAAGUCGCGAUUGUGCCACUACCCGCACGGGUUUCCCUCGAUCUUUUGAAAACGAUGUAGAUGCAAUCAGCCCGUGGUGAUGCAAGCCCCGGAGCCAUUGCUCUUCUAGAACUGCUGUCGUGCCUCUUUCGGCAGGGUCUUCGUGGACUCCAUCGUGUGUGAGUCGUGUUAAUUAUCAUAAUUAUGUCUUUCUUUAAUGCAUGCAUCGUGUCGAGUUUUUCUCAAUCAUUCCGCGGCCCGCUGGGAGAUUGCCGAGUGUUAUGUCAAGCGCUAAUGCGUUUGAUCCCUCGUGCGAGAAUCGAACGUGAAGCCUUCAAAGUUCUUUAUAGCCCGACCGAAGCGGCCGCGUUCCUUUUCUUCACGAAGUAAUUUUCUGUAGUUUUUUGCUAGCCUUACCCUUAGCAUUCUGGCUGCAAUCCCUGUCCAAUGCAUGGCCGAGCCUCCGCAUGUGAUCCUCUCGAAGCUCCUUGCAAUCAAUAUUGAACUUCGUUUGAUCUUCUUCAUGCUCUACUGCCUUGUUGCUGAUCGCGACUCCACCAGCUGCGCGAUGUUAGAUCACACUCUUAUAUUAUAAGAAUUUUAGAAGAUUGAUAGAAUACCCUUAAAGAUCUGAAUUUUCGUGACUGCGCUAUCCGCAUGUUCCUAACUCCACAUGAAACUCUUUCUCGGCCUUCAUUUGCUGCUGCGAUUUUUCUGACUUCUCUGUGAAAUGUCAAGAUUGCGGGCUGUGUAGACGCAAGUAUAUUUUUACUCUUCUGGACGCAUGAUUGUUGAUGUGAUAAAGAUGAUUUUUCAUGGAAUUGCAUUCUCCAUCAUGCAUCAUGUGAUACAUUCUUGAUUCGCGAUCUCCUACCAACGAACUGCAGUUUGUACUAUGAUUUCGAAGUAGAAUUGUUCGAGAUUUCGAUGAUUGCUUCGAUCUUUUCAAGUGAUGACAUUGAUGUUUGAGAAUAGAGGUCGACUGACACAUCGAUCGACAGGUUGUUAGAUAUCUUCAUGUACAUGGUGAUCACGACGUCACGGCGCGUUUUCUUGACUCGUCCCGCUCCGAAUUUUUGCCCUGCUGACAGACGACUCAGCUUGACUUCCGAAGUGCAGCAUUCUCCGGCUGCCAGCGACCAUUGCGGCAACUUGACUCAUCUUGUGACUCAUCACCAUCUCAAGCGAAGACUCGGAGUCUUAUCGAACUGGACGUCGCAGGAGCUUCCGGAGACUAGUUGUCAAUGUUCUCUCUGUUGUAAAAUAUAGAAGCAGCUACAACUACUCGAUUCAACGAAACUGCGGCGACACUUAUUUCUUGUCUGAACUUCAGAAGCCCCAAGCCCCUGCUCGUCUUCCCGAUAAUACCGACUUCUGUUGGCAUUUUCAAGGCCAAAGUACACCAAAAAGAGCUCUGUCGUGUCAGACACCUCUACCGGAAAUAGAUUAGAGCCACUUGGUGCCACUUUCAGUAGUGCUGCCUCUCUUCCUUGUCGAGGGCUCUUCAACUGUUCACGACUGCCUCUUUCGUUCUAUUCAUCGAUGAUCAUGGAGCAGUGGUCCAGUGCUCCCGGUGGCGGGGAGAAAGGGGUGUCUGCUUCUGAGAUCGCGCACGCGCUGAAGAUUCUGCAAGCGGCGGGACUCGGAGCAGCUCCAAACGGCCCUGGUGGGAAAGGGAAUCAGGCCCCGACAGCACCACCGCAACAUUCUUACGGUGGGCCGCAUCCUGACCAUGGUGGAUCAUCCGCUGGUAAGCAUAAGGGAGGAAGUCACAAAAAUGCAUCAGCAGGUAAGAAUAAAGGGGGCCCUGCUCAAUACCUAGACAAGGGAAUGCCCGCGAAACACUUCGACAAGGGUGGCAAGCCCCAGUCCCCGGCGUGGGAUGUGCAAGGAAAGGGAAAAGGUGCGCCUGUCGGAGGAAACGGCGCUCUGCCUCCACCUUCGUUUCAACUCACUUACUCAGCCCCUGCAGGUAGCAUGAAUAACAAGGGAAUGCAGGAGCAACAGCGAAGCGGCAAAGGCAACACCGUUAAUCAACGCGAAGAUUUUGCGGCAGGAAAGCGCGGUCCGUCGGAUAAUAACAAGGGCACACAUGAUAGUAGCGGAGCAGGACCGGGGAAAAAUAAAGGAGGUGGAAAAAGGAGUGGUAGUAAAGACUUCGGCAGUGGUAAACAUCAUAAUUCUUCGACGACGUACCACGCGAGCACGGCACCGUCCGCAGGAAAGAGCUUUGACCGAGGAGGACCCUAUCAUGACGGCUUUCAUGGCGAAAAUAAGCAGAGUGGCGGAAGUAAGCAAGGCGGAGGAAAACAAGGUGCGAAGCGACAUCACCCACAACACAGUCCAGUUCUCGGACCACAGAGCAGCUGGGUCGCUACAGCAUCGUCUGGGCCGAACACUAAAGGCCAAGUAAAAUCAUCACCCAUUUCAAGCAUGGCGGCGAACCCGACUGGAAAAAUGAGCGGUUCUGUGGCUGGCGGUCCCGCAUCCAAAGGCGCGACGUGGAAUGGCAAAGGCGGCCACGGGAAUCAGCAAGGAAAGAAAGCAACAAUUCCCUCGUUGCAAGCGACAAAGACGAGUUUUGAGCGUGGAGAGGGUGAUCUCACGCGCCUUCAGAGCAUGCAUGCUUUGUACCACCAGCAGGCGGAAUACAGGUAGCUAAGAAUUUAUUUUUCGACUCCACUAUGCAAGUAAGGUCGACUGUGUGCCUGUGAUGGCGUUUUCCAGAGAUCCCUUAUUACAUUCAACCAAAAACGUGCCUUUUGACAGUUUCCGACGAUUAUAUUCGAGGUUUCUACUUAGAGAUAGAAUUCAAGAAGCAAUUUUUUACGUGUACUGUUCAUGCCACAAUAUCAGAGCUCAAGUGGCGGCAGGAGAGGCGAACCCGGAUCACAAGGUGGUUUCUCACAGUAUUCAAGCUGAUGAAAACAACGGCGUGGAAAAGCGGAAUUGGAGGGCAGACCAACAAGCGGUACUUUUUUAGAGUUUCAUCAUGACGAAUUGAGUAGUUUGAGGUUGUCAGACAGUUUUGUACAGAAAUAAUAUACAACUUCGUAGACACUUUGCCAGUAUUUUGUUUUCGGAACGGCUCUUUGCCAAUCUGUCUCAGAGCGGGAAGAGUGAUGCACCAGCAGGCAAGAGUGAUAAAAAUCACGGUGGUCGGGGACGCAAAGGAGACCGACGCGGAAAGGGCGACAACUCGCUCCAGACAGGCGACCGCGAGAACAAGUCGUCCGCUGGUGCUGCGUCAGCGCAGGCACCACAACGCGAAGGGCGGAUGCUGCCUCCGAAGCCACCAGCGGGUGGUAGUUUCGCAGCUUUUCUGGCACAGCGUGGCGGCAUGGAGAAGAGCGUGAAGAGUGCCGCGCAUUUAGGCGCGGCCAGUGAGCGGCGACCGGCUUUGCCUGCGCGACCACCACCACAGGGGGCUUCCUCUUCGAGUACCGGAGGACGAGGCCGGCCUCCGCCUCGCAUGGACAGUGGCCGAGACGGCAAGGCGCGUGGACGACGCGAGGGUCGGGGCGACCGGCGCCGCGAUGGAGAUCGACGCCGCGAUCGCAGUCGACGAGGUUGCCGCGACGACCGACGUGGUGGACGUGAUGAGAAUCGUCGCGUCGGAAAGAUGGUCAAGAAACCAGUUUCGUCUCACGACCAGCGCGAGCGUAGCCGCGAGCGCACCACGCCAAGCACUCUGACGAUGGGCGACAUCCGUCGCAUCAACGAGCAACGGGCGAAAGCCGUUGCUGUUGCUAAGGCGCCGGAAGGUGCACAAGCUGCUGCGGGCGCGAAUGACAAUAACCUUUCUGCAGGAGGUGAUGGUAUGAACAAUGAUGAUCUGAAUGCACCACAAGAUAGCAAAUCUGGCGAUGCAGGCGACAGCAACGAGAAAGACGACGAUUCCGACUCCUCCGACCGCUCUGAGGCUGGAUCUGAUGAGGAUUUUGAUGACGAGGACGACGCGCUACCUCCAAAUUGGAUCGAAUACGAAGUCGAUGGGGACACAGCGUAAUCUACAUGAAAUAUAAAUCAUAUUUUUUUGUCACAAAAUUUUAUUAAAGUGAAUGCAAAUGAAAGUAAACUACACAAAGUUCGCUACCUUCUUCGUGAAGGUUUGAUUCUCGUUCUCCCAAGGAUGAACUAAAAACCACCGAAGUAGGAAUAUGCCUUUGACGAAAAUACUCACAGAUACUACAACAAGAAGACGAAGGAGACGCGAUGGGAACGGCCGCCGGCGGUACCAAAACCCUGGAGACGUUACCGUACGGACGAAGGUCAAAUCGCGUACCAUAACACAGAAACUGACGAAUGUCAAUGGGAAUAUCCGGAGGAAGCUGAACAGUAG